UACAAGCGUUUGGUCAUCAAGUGUAGUUUAGUUCAAUUUUUGUCUGGCUAAUCCUAUCUACAUAUACAAGACUAUAGUUAGCAAAAUUAGAAAGCUAGAAACGAAUAUAUAUGAUACUUACCAAAAACUAAAUGUGUGUGGAUAGGUCUAUUAUAGUAAAUAUAUAGUUAUUCAAUGUCAUUUAUCUAUGUACAUACCCCAUCGGGAAUUAAAUGCAAGAAACAUAGGGGAGACCGUACUUUGAAGUUGCAAAUUUAACACUAAGUUGAAGAAUCUAGACAUAGAAAAGCCAAAAUCUUCCUUUACUUCAACUCAACAAUUUUUAUAUUUUCUCUGUACUUAGCCUCCAAAGUCAUAACCAAAACUAUAUUAAAAAUGAAGACUCAUGAUUUCAUGAGCGUCAACUCUUUCUCUCCAAAGGAAAGACCCAUUCGCCUCUUUGGCUUCGAGUUUGGAGCUUCUCAUGAAGAAUCUGAGUCCAAAGACAGUUACAACGAGAACAAUGAAAGCAUCAAAGACGAUAACAAAGAAAAAAGAUUCAAGUGCCACUAUUGUUUCCGGAACUUCCCUACUUCACAAGCCCUAGGCGGCCAUCAAAACGCUCACAAGAGAGAACGUCAACAAACCAAACGCUUCAACCUCCAUUCAAAUGCGGCCGCUUUCUUCCACCGCCACCAAAACCACAUUGCUACUUCUAGGUUCUACGAGGAUCGCUUUAGCCUUGACGCUGCUCGAAUAAACGAAGCGAGAUUAGGGUUAUGUAGUAGGUAUAACUCAUCCGCAAGUUUUAAUCGCGACCGUUCAUCUUAUAAUAGAUAUAUGCCUUGGUUCAUCGGUGAUCGCCAGACUAGACCGACGUAUGUUGGUGGUGGUAGCAGCAGCCAUGGUCUGUUUUGUGAGUCCAAGAAGAAUGUACCGGACCACGUGAGUUUGGAUCUACGCCUCUAGUUCCAUUCUUUUAAUAUCUCUAGUUCUUUUUCCCUUCUUUUUAAUGUAAUUUUUUAGUUUAAUCUACUUAUGAUAGUUGAUCCCCGUAGUCCGUAGACAUCAAAUAAUAUUAACAGUAAAACAAGUUUAUGGAGAUGAAUAUAGAACUCUCAACGGUGAGCUUGUAUAUAUGUUAUCUAAUUUAAAUAGAGCUAAAACGUGUUACAAAAUUUAUGCCCAAUUCAUGAAACCUUAAGUUCAAAUUAAUGGUUUAUUUCUGAGAUUGUACAUUUUAAAGAUUUAUAAAUAUUUUCGACUGAUCAUUCCAAUCUCAGAAUAGUUUCAUAUCUCACAUUAUAAUAAGAAGUGGGAAGGGACC